AGGCCUUACAGGAGCAGCAGGUUUACCUGGCCAACAGGGAGUCAGUGGUCCUAUGGGGUUGAGAGGAGACAGAGGCUAGUAUAAUGUUUGAAUACAAAUUUUAUUUUUAAAAGGACAAUAUGAAACAAUGGGCCCACAUACUACAAAGUGAUUCAGUACUAGCACUAGUAAAAGAUCUUAUCAUGUUGUUUAUGUUGGAUUUUGUUCAUGAAACCAAUUUAUCAGGAGAUAAAGGGGACAAAGGAAGCAGUGGGACUGCCGGGCCACCUGGAGGCUCCGGGAAACCAGGACAAAAAGGGGAUGCUGGCGCAGUGGGUGAGAAAGGUGAAAUAGGGUUGCAAGGUGUCAAAGGCGAUGGUGGGGCGAAAGGGGAAUCUGGCCAGAAUGGGACUGCUGGUGAGAAAGGAGAACCGGGAAAAGAGGGGCCAAUAGGACCUCCGGGAGUGGCUAUUGAGAUGGGUCCUAAAGGAGACAAGGGAGAUAGGGGGGAAUGUGGCACUUUUGGGGAGAGAGGACAGAAAGGCGAUCGAGGUGAUACGGGAUCUCCCGGCAUUCCUGGAGGGAUGGGCAUUCCAGGAAUGAACGGCAAGCACGGUUCCCCGGGUCCCGUGGGCCUCCGUGGGGAUCAGGGACCUCCGGGACCACAAGGAGAGCCGGGCCUCCGAGGACCUCAGGGACCACAAGGCAUACGAGGGAUGCUCGGCCCAAAAGGGGACAGAGGUUUCCCUGCGAAAAGAGGUGAGCGGGGCAUUCGUGGAAUCAAAGGAUCGAAGGGAUCAGAGUAUAUCCAGAAACGCUCAGCCUUCAGUGUAGGCAUCUCCCCGAAAAAGUCCUUCCCUCCUUCCGGCUUCCCGAUCCGCUUCGACAAAGUCUUCUACAACGAAGAGAACCACUUCAACGUCACUUCCAACAGCUUCACGUGCGUCCACGCCGGUGUUUACGUCUUCUCCUUCCACAUCACGGUGCGCAACCAGCCCCUGCGCGCCACGCUGGUGGUGAACGGGUCACGGCGGGUGCGAACGCGGGACUCGCUGUACGGUCAGGACAUCGACCAAGCGUCCACCCUCGUGGUGCUGCAGCUUGCGGUGGGUGAUCAGGUGUGGAUGGAAACACUCAGAGACUGGAAUGGGGCAUAUGCCAGCAGUGAGGAUGACAGCAUCUUCUCCGGGUUCCUGCUCUAUUCACAGCCUGAUCCUCUACUGUAAACAUCUGUAACAUCUGGGACUAUUUCAUCUCGUUCUCUGGAAAAGCGAUAAAUACUAAGUG